CGCCCCGCCCCCGGACGUGCCCCCGACGUGCCCCGGAAGGCGGUGGCUGCACGUGGCGCCGAGGGAGACAUGGCGGGCGGGCCGGAGCGGCUGGAGCGCGAGCAGGUGAAGAAGGCGGUGGAGGCCCUCCUGGCUUUCGCCAGAAGCAAGGCCAAGGGAGACGCGCUGCUCCUCAACGAGGGCGAGAACGUCCACCUCCUGGUGACUGUCUGGAAGGUCCCGCGGGCGGCGCAGGUCAUCAAGAUACCACUGCCCCAUGGCAUUCGACCAGAAACAGCUGAGGUUUGCCUAUUCACAAAGGAUGAGCCAAAUUUAUCAGCAGAACAGACUGAAAAUCUGUACAGGAAACUUUUAAUCCAGAAUGGGAUCAGAAGUAUUAGCCAGAUCAUCUCAUACAAAACUCUCAAAAAAGAGUAUAAACUAUUUGAAGCAAAGCGUCGCCUCCUGAACAGGUUUGAUCUCUUUCUGUCUGAUGACCGAAUUAGAAGGCUCUUGCCCUCACAUCUAGGAAAACACUUCUAUGAAAGGAAAAAGGCACCUUUAUCUGUAAACCUGAAAGCCAGAAAUCUUGCUAAGGAACUGCAAAAACAUAUCCAGGGGACUACGCUCCCAGUUACCAACAAAGGGUGCUGUUAUACAGCACGUAUAGGUCACACUGGAAUGAAAGCUGAUGAGAUAGUAGAUAAUAUCAUUGCAGCGGCUGAGGUGAUUGCAAAGAAGUUACCAAAGGAUUGGAAAAAUGUAAAAAUUCUUCACCUCAAAACACUUAAAUCAGUUGCACUUCCAAUUUUUACUGCAAAUAUCUCCAACUUGGAUGAGCUUGACAGACAGCCAUCUCUCAAAAAAAAAGAAGUAAAGAAGGGAAAGAACAAGAAACCGAAGGCGGCAGCUAAGAAACUGAAUUCAGGUCAAGUGACUUUGACAACUAAAAUAAAUGCUGAUGCUGCUACUCAGGCGCUUGAGAUAAAAGAAAAAGUAGUAGUCCAAGAAUCAGGUGAUCAUGAUGAUGAUGAUGAAGAAAUUCCACAACUGGUGCCUAUGCAAACAACCAGCUUAGCUGAGCUGAAGAAAAUUGAACCAAGUCCACAAAAAGGUGACAACCUGAGCGAGAAAACUAAAACACCCGGUGGUAAGAGAAAGAAACAGCCUCUAGCUGUGGAGACUCCAAAAACAAAAAGCAAAGUUACAGAAGUGUGUGCAGACUCGCAGACCACACCAAAACAGAAAAAAGCCAAGCAGCUCAGCAUGCCAAAGGAAGCAAUAAAAGAAAAAGAGGUGAAAAAGACUCCUAGAAAGCCUGAAGCUAAGUCUUUUGCAACACCAAAAGCUGGAAAAUCAAUACAGUCAGCCAAGAAAUCUUCAAAAACACCAAAGCAAACACCCAAGAAAGUGCACAGGCCACAGUCAGCAUGAAUGGUGUCUGUUGUAACACAUUUUAUGUAGUCAUUCAGUGGGGUCUCUUUAGUAAAUAAAUACAUUGAUGAAGUAAAAUACCUUCUUAAGUAAAUCUGAUCCCAAGAGCUUUUUUCACUGAGACCUGUAAUGAUUCAUUUGUGUUUCCUUCUAACUGAGGAGCUGGAACAAAUAAACUCAUGAUCUUAAUUGGC